AUGUGUAGUCUGGUUCUAUUUCGGUUUUUUGGCUAUGUUUCGACCUGACUAAAUUAAACGUAUUACCAAAUGAGUUAUCCUAGAAAUAGAUAUAGACAUGAGACAUAUUCUGAUGAAAAAUAUAGACGACCCAGGGCAAGGGAUUUUUCGGAUUCUGGAAGCAGUUCAAGAAUUCAAACAGAAUCUGUCGAACGAAAGAGAACGCAAGAAAGUGAAGGAAGAAGACGAGAGAGGAGGCAAAAUUCUUACGUCCCAUCAGUAAAAGGAAAAGUUACGGUGGUGCAUAACACAAAUUAUGAAGGAACAAGAAAAAGAAGACGUCCAGAAACGAAAGAGGAAAUGUGUGAAACAUGGGCAACCAGAGCAGAGAAGAAGAAGCAUCAUAUGUUGCGAAAGAGCGGUAAAGAGCACCUAUAUGAUGUUCCAUGGGAGUAUGGACAUUACCGAGAUACAAGCGAAGUCUUCCCAAGUCAGAUGAAUGAAAGACUGGAUAUAAGAUCUAGACCCCCUUCUAGUAGAAGAUCACGAUCAAUUUCUAUACCAAGAUCGGAAGCUAGACAUUCCGAAAGAAGAUCAUAUAAGGGUUAUGAAGAAGAUGGAUAUCCUAGAAAUUCACAUUGGGACGAAAAACCGUUAUAUGGCGAUUUAGGUGAAUAUAAGAGAGACGGUCCAACCAGGACGGAAUUAGAAUAUGGAAGAGGCUUUUUUCCUACUCGCAAUCAUAAAGCUAAUUUGGGUGGAAACUAUGAUUGGGAUAGGGACAGAGAUAGAGAUAGAGAUAGAGAUAGAGAAAGAGAAAGAGAUAAAGAGCGUGACAGACAACGCGAAAGAGAAAGGGAAUGGGAGCGGGAAAAGCAAAGAGAAAGGGAAAGAGAAAUAGAAAAAGAUAGACUAAGGGAAAGAGAUAGAGACAAUCGAAAUUCUUUUCAGAAAUCUCGAAAUAAGCAGCAUUUAUAUAAAUAUAGACUGAGGAGAGAUAAUUAUUCGGACGAUGAGGAAAAUUCUACCUGGCGAAAGUGGAAAGCCGGAAGAUAUAACGAUGAAGGAAAGGAAAUUGAUCCUUACGUUGAUAAAUCAUCGAAAGCUAGAGGUUAUCACAAGGAAUGGCACAGAGCAGGAGAAAUGCCUGUCUGGAAAGCUGGUCGCUUAGACAAGGAUGAAUUAAGAUCUCAUUUUGUUCGUCAAGAAUCACUUUUAUCUCAAAGAACUAUACGACUGUUGUCCUACCUAUGUGAGCAGGGUUUGGCAGUGAGCCUAGAUGAUUUCAAGAAAACGAUGCUUUAUACCCAAUAUUUCGAAGAAGAAGAUUUAGAUAGUUAUGUUAAUUCUAAUUCAACUUUUUUAAGUUUAAUAGCAUUUGACGAAAAGAAAGUUUUGAAGCUUUCAUCAGAUUUAUCUAUUUGUGAUGAAUAUUAUACAAUUCAGGAAUGUUCUAAAGAAAAGAAUUGCCGGAAUCUUCACAUUUGUAAAUUUUUUGUUCUCUCCCAAUGUGUUUCAAAAGACAAUUGCAAUUAUGGUCAUAGUUUGACAUCGCCCCAUAAUGAAAAAGUCUUACGACGACACUGUCUUAUUGACCUCAGGCCUGAGUACAUUAAAGUGAUUGUAAAAAACAACAGAUCGGCUGUUUGCUGGCCACGAGCUUGUUCAUAUUAUAAUACCAAACACGGGUGCCAAUUUGAUAUUAUAGGUGAAAGUUUAAAAUGUACGUCUAUGCAUGUCUGCCUUGCGUAUCUGCGUGAGGAAUGUGAUCAAGAAGAAUGCCCUCGAUCUCACAAUAUCUAUGACGAGCAACCACGGAAUAUACUGACGAGAUUUGGUUUUAAUCCAAACGUAGAUGAAGUUGAGCUUUUAGUAGAGUUGAUGAAUGCUCCGCACUUUUCAAAAAUGUAUUUUGAACAACUUAUGGAGAAAUCUAUAGAGGAAGAUGAGGUAGAAGAAAUUUCAAGAAAAAGAGCUGUUAUUGAAAACGCUUUGGAAGCAGAGCUUCAACAAGAGCAAGAACUGCAACAAACUGCUCAUUCUGCUAAAUAUAUGGCUUUGAGAAAAAAAUCGAAGUUUGCUAUGACGAAUUUUCUGCCUGCCUCAAAUUAUGCUUUCUUCGAACCUGUGCAAAAUCUACCAUAUCGCUUAACUGAUACUCCAUAUAUUUGGCAGUAUGAAAAAAAAAAUUGUUGGCAUGAUUUUGCUGAAGAAGAGUGCUUAAAACUUGAAGAGUAUUACAGCGAUCCGAAGAAUGUUCAAUGCUCCGCAAAAGCGAUAAAAGUUGGAACAGUUGAAGUUGACUUUGAAGAAUUUGUUUAUUCCUCCAAUAUGUUUGCGUCUGGGUCUAUUCGACGAUUCUCUUUCGACUACAGUGGUUCAGCUGUUAUCGAUGGCCCAAGUUUAACAAAAUGGCGAUGGUACUAUAACGCAGAUAAUACAUGGGUAAAGUACGGGAAAUAUCAUGAAGGCUUGAAAAUGGACAUAACCCAAGAACAAUUAGAAGAGUGUUAUAGCAAUGACAAGUUUAGUGUUGUAGAAUUUUCAACGGAAGGGUUAGAUGGGGAGAGUCGUCAACUUUUCGAACUACAAAUGGGCGAAAUGAAACAAUAUAAUUUGAAGACAGGCAAGGUAUACUCAAUUAGAAGAAGACCUAUUUAUGAUGAUGGAUCUAGAAUACUAGUUGACAAUGAAGAAUAUAGUGAUGGAGAUAUGGAAACAGUUGAGCAUGGAGAACAAGCACAACAAAGCUCAAUAGAGAAAACUCUAUGUUUUCUUCCAACUGAUCCUGGACAGCAGCGAGAUUUUUUGAUACCUGUCAACAAUAGAGAAAUUCUUUCAAAGGGAGUUGAAGACAAGCCUGUAUAUAAAGGACAGCCAAUAUUAUAUACAAGCUCUUCAGCUGAUAAUCGAAAUCCUACAGAGUCUGAACCAAAGAACUCAAUGGAAAAUUUAGAAAGAGAGGAGGAAACAACAAAUGAAGCGACUAAACUUGAAGUAAAAUUAAAUGGUCGGGUUGAGUGUUCCGAGAAUAAAGAUAUAUCGAACGUGGAAAUGUCAACUAUCGAUCAGCAAAAAACGUCAGAGGUAGAUGAAAUUACAGAAAGCACGGAGAUUACACAUGUGGAAAAAGAAGAAACUAAAACGAAUCAAUCUCAACUAGGUAAUUUACCCGUCAAAAAAAUUGACGAUUACGGUAUUGAAAAAUUUGCAGAUGAGUCGAUUUCUGAAGCAUAUACCGCGAUAGAGAGAACAGAAAAGGAAAUCUGUGAUGAAGACCUUGAAGCUAUGAGAUUAUAUGCUGAAGUCGAAAGAAGAGGAUUGUUAGACAAUUUAGAGAGGAAGGAAGAUGUCCCUGGAAACAUCGCAAGAAAUGACGAAGAAACUUAGCAAUAUUUAAAAUUUAAUUUUUAUCCUCCAACAGAAGAACAGCUUUGGUAUCAGAGAAUAAAUUUAAAACGAAGUUUUUUAAUUGGAGUAUUUAGUACGAGUUAGCUAUAUGUAUUAUAAAGAAGAAAUGGUUCAUUAUCAAGGCAACUUGACAAUUUUUAAUGGUGCUUGAAUUGAAACGUGUUUAUUGUAAAUCUGACUGGAUGUCUAUAAUAGUGUUACAGUAUUGAAAGGAAAUAAGUGCUUGUACAAAUUUUCUACCUCGAGUUCUAAUUCUUCUGAAUCGGUGACGAUUUCUUAUGAUUAUCUGUUGUUAAUUUGACAGAUGAUUAUAAUGUAAUAGUUAGAGAUCAACUGUCAACCCACUCACUAUUUUAUUUAGGUAAUAAAUUAUUAAUUUAAACUUUGAUGCU